CCCGUCUGUGCCCGUCCGCAGACUUAAGCGGCAGCACCCGCCCGCUCAGUAAAGCCCAGGGGCGUGCGAGCGAGACCAACCCGUCCCGCGCCGUCUUUCACCUCCAGCCCUCACUCUGGAGACGACGCAACCCUAGCACCAUGGGCUUCCUCGAGCUCGUUUCCGCCCUCUGCGGCUGGGUAUAUACGUUGGCAUGGUCCCUGUCAUUUUACUCGCAGCCUCUGCUCAAUAUCCGGAGGCGAUCAACCUCGGGCACAACCGUCGACUUCCCCUUCAUCAAUACGCUAGGCUUCCUCGCCUACUUCACCUACACCGUGCUAUUCUACGCAUCCCCCGUCAUCCGGCAUCAGUAUGCUCUGCGGAACUACGACCACACGCCUGCCGUCGCCGCCAACGACAUCGUCUUUGCCGCGCAUGCCUGCACUCUCUCCGCCGUGCUGACCACGCAGUAUUUCCUCCCCUCAAUAUGGGGCUUCGACCGGGCGCCCGGCACGCACCCCUCUCGGCUCAUCCUCGGCGUCGCCGUCGGGUCCGUCGCCGCCGUGCUGAUCGUGACGCUGACGGUGCUCGCGCAGCCGGCGGGCGCGGACCCCCGGACAGCGUGGGCGUGGCUCGACGUCGCGUACGCGGUGUCGUACGUCAAGCUGCUGAUCACCCUGGUCAAGUACGCGCCGCAGCUCGCGUACAACUUCCGCAACCGCAGCACGCGCGGCUGGAGCAUCUGGCAGAUCCUCCUCGACGUCGUCGGCGGCUUCCUGAGCAUCGUCCAGCUCGUCAUCGACUCUUCCCUCCAGGGCGACUGGUCCGGCGUCACGGGCAACCCCGUCAAGUUCGCCCUCGGCAACGUCAGCCUGCUCUACGACGCCGUAUUCAUGGCCCAGCACUACGUGCUCUACCGCGACGACGACGCGGCGAAGGACGGCGAGCAGGAGGCGCUGCUCGAGGCCGGCACGGAGAGGCCGAGGUUAGAUUGAGAGAGAAACCAA